AUGACAAAUCAAAGUGUAAUGGAUCGGACAAUUGUAUUAUUGACUAUUUCUUGGAUCUGUGAUUACACGAUGGGUUACAAUGUCUUGCUGGCUACAAUGGGAGGUACGAAAUCGCACACGGUACCAUUCGUCGCAUUGGGAAGCAGCCUAAAGGCUCGAGGACAUAAUGUGACCCUUCUAAGCGCAUUUUCUGGACCAGCAGCGAACAACGGGUUACAGGAGUUUGUUCCGCCUAUAUUCGAGGCUUACGUGGGGAAUUACACGUCAGAAUGGGACUUGGUCGGUGCAAGAUUCCGAGAUGAAAUGCCAAUCUCACCGUGGGAUGCAAUGCGAUAUGCCUGGGAGGCCUGUGAGGCGCUUCUUCGCGACAAAAUAUCGGUAUCUUGGUUGAGGAGACCUGAAGGCGAUCCUCAUGCGCGCUGGGACGUCGCGGUCCUCGAUGGCGCCUAUCCCGAGUGCCUUUUGGGCAUCCUUCACGGAGAGGAUGUGCCCACGGUUAUGUUAAACACGGUGGCACUGUACAGUGGUUCGAUAUCUCUCCAAGGAAAUCCAUCGCCGUGGUCAGUGACACCUUACUUCGGGAAAUCGGUCACACAAGACAUGAGCUUCUCUCAAAGAAUCUUAAACGCCGCUUACCUCACCACCUUGAGGAUAAUGCACUGGAUCAUGAUCAGUGGGUAUCUACAACCGGUUCUGAGGAAAUACCUAGGGGAUCAGUUGCCCGAUAUUCGAGACCUGACCACGGAGAUUCCACUCACCCUGCAGAACAGUCAUUACAUCGUGGCUGAUUCGGUUCCGUACUUGGCGAACGUUGUGAACGUCGCGUGCCUUCAUUGCAAUCCGGCGACACAGCUCAGCCCUGAUUUGGAGACCUUCUUACAACGCGGUUUCAUCUUCGUUUCCAUGGGUUCGUCGGUCCGCGCGUCAGGUAUGCCAGAGGCGCUUCGUCAAAUCUUCGUGGCAGCCUUUGCCACGCUUCCGUGCAACGUCGUGUGGAAAUGGGAAGGCGUGAAGAUUAAAGAUCUGCCAUCGAACGUCAGAACGGCAGCAUGGUGGCCUCAGCAAGAGCUACUAGGCCAUCCUAAACUCAGAGCGUUCGUCUCUCACGGUGGUCUCUUGUCUUUGCACGAGGCAGCUUAUCACGGCGCACCGACGCUCGUUUUGCCCGUUUUCUGCGACCACGAUGGAAACGCGGCACAAGCUGAAAAACUUGGCUACGCCCUGGUGAUGGACUUGGCGAGAAUAUCUAUCGGAAGCCUUCGCGAAGGAAUCCUCAAGGUGGCUAGCGUGAACAACAAUUCAUAUCGAAUGGCAGCGAAAAAGAGAAGUUCGUUGCUGCGGGAACUGCCAAUUAGCCCGAGAAAAUUGGCUAUCUGGUGGGUGGAGCAUGUUGCUAAGUACAAAGAAUCAGAACAUUUGAAGAGUUCCACAAGAUAUAUGAGCGUAAUUCACUAUUAUUCCAUUGAUGUGGCAAUAUUUUAUGUGAUAACGUUGAUACUACUGGUGUACGGGCUGAAGAAAUUGUGCUGGAGAACAAUAUUCAAGCAAACUGUUAUUAAAAAGAAGAUUGACUAG